UCCGUCCGUAGAUCACACAGCUCACAGACAGAAAUGGAAAUUUGGAAAUUAAAAAUUUUACAAAAUUUCCUAGCAAUUGAAAUAGCGUAUCUCAACUUGUGCCAUUGGGAAGUCGACUUGUUUAGGCAAAUUUAUCAUAUUGGGAACAGUUCGAAAUUCGGGAGCCUUUCAUAAGAGAUAUGUGAAUAAGGCGAAUCGACAAACAUCUCACAUCGGUAUAGCAGCAAGAUGAACCCAUCCAAUGUGCAUCCCUUGAACGCAGGUCAACGGUCACAAUCGCCAGCCGUUCCAAAAGCCUACAUUACAGCAGCAGAAUUGCGCAGAAUCCUCUCUCAAUCCUCUCCCUCAGCUAUGGUCAACAAUGGUCAACAACAACCUCUUUCUUUAUCCAACUUCCGGAGUGUUCCCCAACAAAUGAUGAGUGUUGGUGGCCAAGUUACGUGUAUCGUCAAUAGGACAGGCCUAAAUCCAAUAAACAGGUUGCAAAUGAACAUGCAUGGAGUAUUGGGAAUCAGACCAACGCCAACGUAUCAAGUACAACAUGCGAUUCGACAACCAGGAGGUGUUCCUCUGGUCAGGAUGAGUAGUCCUACAACGAUCUUACAACAGCAACCGUAUCGACAAUCACGACCUGCUAUUUUAAAAGGAACAAUGGUCACUGCGAAUGGGAAUUCAAUGACAAAGAAAGUUUCCGUGAUGACAACUGCAUCUCUGGGGUCGAUUAAUGCUGCUGCACCACCUUCGGAAACUUCGUCAAGAGCAGCAACAAAUAUGCCCGCGUCGUCGUCUGCACCGACAUUUAAGAAUUUGCCAAUGCCACUUCGGUCUCAACAACUACCAUUGCACACAAUGUACUUCCAAAAUAACGAAAUUCUGGAUAAAGAUGCUGAUGUCAUAUUUCUUUGUGGAGAUGGAGGUGGGGUCAAAGCUCACAGAAUUAUAUUGGCUACACAAUACAAAUUAUUGACUACUUUAUUUAGCGAUCAGGCUCCUGGUGAAAUCAGCGUGGUUUCUGUCCCGGACAUUAGCAGCGAGACGAUGAAACUAAUCGUUCUCUUGGCAUACAAAAGCGAUGUCGUAGUCAACGCGGAUCAAAUUGAGAAAAUGAAAGAGUUUUCCAAAAUGUUUGGAAUUGAAUUUGGAAAUUGGACUAUCGGAAGUAAUGUGAAUGGAAAGUUGGACGUACAGUCGGGAAAAGUGAUGGAAGAUAUUGUAUGGAAUACUUAUGGCCAGCGACAAAAAUUGGUCCCAUCUUUCACUUCGCAAAAACUUACAAAUUUGCAAAAAACGAAGGGAUCCAACUCUGGACAUGGACAUCGGCCCAGGGCUGCUGAAGACCUUCUGGAUUCACAUUCAUCCUCUGAUGGCAAACAAGGUUUUUCCUACACUCCUCGCAACAAUGAUACUAUUAACCGUCGCAAAUCAAACCUCCCUUCCAAAAUCCACCCUCAAAUCGAGGCUUCUGAUUCAUCGGAAAAUGAUGUCACCUUACUAGAGGAUACGGUUGGAAAGCCUGAGCCGAGUGCAAAACGUCCUCGCGUUGACACAAAGUUUCAAUGCAGAACUUGCAAUACCACGUUCUUCAAUGAAUCAGCCUGGAAAUGGCAUCAAGAUCGUCAUGCGGGACAUGGGAUAUUCAAAUGCUCUCUUUGCGGCGAAAUAAAAACUACGGCUCGCACAAUUUGGAACCACGAAUCAAUUGAGCACAAUUUUGUCGGAUUACUACUGUCUCAAGUUUCGCCCAUUACAUCAGAAGAAAGAUCUCGGAAACUACUGCUGCAAAGGAAGCUAAAACUGGGCGUCACUGGUAAAGAUGUGUCCAAACUAAGCACAUCCAUGAAAGUUGAUGAAGACUCGCUUGACUCCGGAGAAUUUGGUUCCAAAAAAAGGAAAGAGAUCCGCUGGAUGUACAUUUGCGCAAAAUGUGAGCACUGCUCCUGGUCGGUGUAUAUGGCUCAAAUGCAUUUCAAGGAAUGCUAUUCAAACACUGAAUCUCUCUUCGAAUCGACUGUUACAAAAUGCCGUCAUGGGUUUUACGGGCAAAUCAAAUGUCCUCUCUGCCCACGAAGAUACACCUCAAACAUAGGCUGGGUACUUCAUGUCGCCCGUCAACAUAAAGAAUUCCGACAACUUGUAGCUUCCACUGGAAUGAAGGAUAAAAAACUGAAGUGCUUGAAUUGCAAUAAGAGAUAUGAAUCACCCGAAGAAUUUCGCCUUCAUCUCCAUCAAGGGAUGAAGUGCAUCGAUGACUCGAUGCCUGUGCUGACUCCCAGUAAGAGAUUAUCACGAGCUGAAGCCAGUGAAACAGCAGAUGCAUCAACAUCAUCUCUUCCGCUAUCUAAGAUUGGUCAACGGAAAAAGCUCAAACUUAUUGCUAAACCACGACAUUCCAGAUCUGCUCCUCCUUCUCCAAUAAUGACCCCAGUUGCUAAGCAUGCGCUUGGAAAAUUUAUGGCCAAGGUCAAGAAGGGCAACGGUCAAGAAGACAAUGACAAUGAAAAGAGUCGACGUCCUGCAAAGCGAGAUUCAGUAGUGACUGCUGCUGUUUCAGGUCAUCAAGUCCCCCCAGCACCGAAAUUACCCCCUGCAGAAUGCCCAUUCUGUGGAGAAUUGAUCUCUAAUAUAUCAAAACACUUGUCUAUCGAUCACGGUGAUAUUGAUCUCAGCGUUAUGCGGAUUUCUGAAGAAGACUUAAAGUGUCGCCGAUGUCGAAUGACUUUUGGAAUCCCUGAUUUGUUUGCCCAUGCUGGAAAUUGUCACAUCUCAUCGUCGUCCACAUCGCUGGAAACGCAAAAUUCCGGUAACAAUAGAGAGGAAAUUGUACACGAACCAGUUGAAAUUCCUGUUGAGGUUGGUUCCUCCCCAAUUGACGAGAUGGAAUAUACUCUGGACGAACUAAUGACUAAAAAGGUGCUCAAAAAAGCGUUGAAAUGUCCCAUCUGCAAGAAGUUAGGUGUACACAUGAGGGAUGCAUCCGUCUGUCUCAAGCAGCAUGGAAUAUUUAGAUGUUCUCUUUGUUUCAAUACGUACUCUCAACGAGAACAUUUUGACCAGCACUUGCAAAAGUGCCAUUAUGACACCAGGAGCAGAUUAAAGUGCCUCUUCUGCCCGGGCAAGACGUUCACCAACAUUGGAAAUUGUGUCAGUCAUUUGCACCUCCACCACUGGAUGAAAGUACUACUUCAAGUGCCGACGUCUCACAAAUUGAUGAAGAAGAAGAUAUCGAGGAUAAGAAAGAACUUGAUGAUGCAACCAAGAAAAUCGAAGGCGCAAACCUAUCAGCAGCUAUCAAAUACUCGAGAGGAAACUUUAGUAUUUGCCAGAAAGUCUGUCGUGACUCCAGUUUUUGAGUAGUAAUGAAAAUGAUUGCAUGAAUCCUGCGAAUGAAUCCUUACCUAACCUACAACGAUUUUGUUUUAUUUAUAUCUUUUUCAUUUGUAUGCGUAAACUCAUCUAGAACUUACAAUAAUUAUAAUAUUUCUUAAUCGGGUAGAAUUUAAUUUACAAAGAUUUGUAACUACGCAUGUUUCAGUUCAUCAAAUUUUUCCAAGAAUUCUUGCUAGAUAAAUUGUACAAAGCUUUUUUUGUAAAAAUGAGCCUUUAUUUAAUUGAUAAUAUAAAUGGCAAAUUAACAAAAUGUCCAUGUCGUUGAGUUGCGGUUGAGCAUUGAGCUCUUCAUUAAAUUGCACAAUUAAAAUUCACUCUUACUGAAUACAUG